GCUUGUCCACACCACAGCUGCUCUGUUUCCACUUGUUCCCGAUUUCCGUAAGCCUUGUGGGCACCAAUCCCAACCACUCCCACCUCUUUCCAUCUGCAGCAGCAAUCUCUUGUUACUUAUCGUCGGCCAUCCUUUUGUCUGAAUAGAUUUUUUUUUAUGUGUUUAAACAUACGUCCCUCAGCACUUGCGGUUCUUCGAAGGACGUCGCUACUUGAGGAUUGAGGCUGCUGGCUCCAGCUCACGUUAAAGGAGCAUGAAUUUUGUGCAAUAAUCCAGAGGUUGUGGUGCUUCUGUGAUCAGGCUCCGUUGGGUUUCUACAAAAUUUUGAAACUAGGGUGUGGAGUUGGUGAGUUGGACGAUUUGUAUGUGAAUUUCUUAAUUGAGGAUAGGGGAAUUUGGAAGAUUGGAAGUUGUUGUUUUCCAGUGGAGUGGAUUUAGUGCUUCUAGUGUAACGUCGGCCAUGUUAGCCUUCGCCGGAAAGCUCUAGUCAGGUAGUGAGGAGUAAUUAUCAAUUUGGGGCUCUGGGGGUAUUUUCUAGGGAUCCCUGGCGAUGGGGACUCUCACUGGGACGCUUGGUCUUACAAUCCUGCAAUCUCAGUUCGCCAGAAAGUUUCGCUCCUCGCGAAUUCCUGACUUUCCAGGAUUGAGUGCACACAGAUUUUCAGAGUCGAAUUCCUUGAUUCUAAAAAAUCUUAGACAAUCUCAAUACUUGCGGAACAUACCCUACACUCAGCCUCUUUGCCCCGCAUCCGUAUCAUGGCCCUACGAGAGUUGGGAGACAGAGUCUUACGAAGAGGAUUCGACUUGGUCACGGAGUGGGUUCCUGCAACCGGAAGGAGGUCUCGAGCUUCUGGCUAUGGCGUUAGGUGUUUUGGUUUCUGUUUCGUUGGCAGUUUGCAGGAACGGUGCUACAGGGGUUUCACUAGGAUUUCUCUCUUGUGCGUUUCUCACAGCAACUUGCAUUGCACUUCGCAAUCAAAUUGCGAAUCGCUGUGAGUCACUGUUGGCGCAGUUCAAUGCCGUGCAAGAAGCCUUGGCUAUCCAACUUUCAAGCAUCCGUAGCAAUGUAUUAGUUUGGGGAACAGGAAAUGGCGCUACGGUUACCAUCCGUGACGGUGAAUCAGCCUCGGUUCCGGCAACCCAGCAUUCUCAAAGGAGUCAGGAAGAAAACCGUAGGGAGGAAACAAAUGAAAUGAAAUCUUUAGAAAUAGAGACAACCUUGUUGGACAUAUCCAAAUCUGUUGCUCAGCUGGCUAUGGUUGUUGCAAACCUAGACAACAAAAUAUCAAGUAUGGAGAAAGUUGCUUCUGAUAAUGCGGCUAAGAUUGAAAUUCUCACUCUUGGUUACUCGAAACGUAAUAAGUUCGUGGAGGAAGACACAACAAGGGUUUUAGAAGAAUGCUCGGAAGAGUCUAAGCCUUUUAUGGAACAGGUUGGAAAUACUUCGACUGCAUACUUUACUAAUACUGAGCCACUGCAGAAUGGAGCAUAUAGGAAUGAGGAUUUGAUUGUUAACGGAAGCGGAGCUCAGUUGAAGUGGGAAGAGGCGGUGAUCAAGGACGAGAAUAUAAAUCAAGUCAAAUCGCAAGUUUUCGAAGGUUUUCAAUCUUCAAAGACCCCGCUGACGUCGAACAGAGUCGAUGUAAUUUUACCUUCGGAGUAUGACAGUAACGUUAGAGAAGACCAAGUUUCGUUAGUAGAAAGUAAUUUUAUGGCGGUCCCGAAUGGAGCUGAAAGCAGCAGGAUGAGCCUCAGUCAACCUACUCUAUUCAAAUUUUCCAAUACACAGGUUGGAGAUACUUCGAUGGAAUUGUUCUUUCAAGAUGCUGGAGUUAGGGUUCCACAAGAAGAUGUUGCAACUACAACUGAAGAGCCAAUGCAGUCAAAGCAGAAUAUCACAGCUGUAGAAAUACCCAAAACUACAAGGAAUGGUGCGGAAACCGUAGUCCAGCCAGCAGUUACGAAAUCUAGACUUUCUUCUUCAGUUCGUAACAGAGUUGAAGAGGAUACUGUUGUUAGGGGCAAGUCUGCACAGGGAAUGGAAACAGUGUAUAGCAAGUUUGAUGGUCAGAGGCAAGAUACGUCAGAUGGAAAAGCUAUGAGGAUCGCAACUAGCAGGUCAAGCGAAUACGUAAUGGAGAGCUCGGAAAACUAUAGAGCAGUUCCUAUUACUGUUUCACGACCAAAUAUUCAAAGGCUAAAGAGGAUUAUGAAUGGCACAGAUCCAUCUGCUGUAUACGCUGUGACUCUGCCCAAAACAAAACCUAAACCUGCGGAGAGUUUGGUGGUACGAGCCUCACAAUCAGAUGCUGGGUGGGAUGAUUAUGAAGCGAAUGACCGUUCAGGUGUCGGCAGCAGAGGAACGACACGCUCUCAAGGUGAAGAAAGAUCUUCCAGCAAGACCGAUUAUGGUCAAAGUCGGCGGCGUGAAAGUCCUUCCGAUUCCGUAGGUGCGGACUUCGGUGGUAAUGGCAGUUCUAGUGACACUGAUAAAGGGGGUAAUGGUAGCAAGAGACGACAGGCCUCCUUUCGAAACUCAGAUUUGGAUUAUGAUUCGGGUGGAGACAGUGGGGCAGAAUCACCCACUUCUCAAGAUAAAAGACCGCCUCCUGCAGGUCCGUCGUAUCCUUCAGAACGAACUGACUCAUACCAAAACCUCCCUGGGCCAAACUCCCCAAAGCCAGGAGAUGAAGCAUUCCGACAAAUAAUUGAUGAAGUCGAGGCUUUGUUGAAGGAGGGAAGGGAGGGCCUUGAAGGUCGUAUUGAAGUGGAUGUAGCAGAUCGCAUGCUAUACGAAGCUGCCAAUCUCUGUGCAAAGGCCUUUGAGAUGAGGCCUUCCAGUCUCAUAGCGGUGGGCUUAUGGGGAAAUACACUCUUACUUCAUGGAGAGCUCAAGUUGCGGUUUAGCCAGAAUCUUCGAAGCAUGCUACCUGACCCCCCCUCGAAGUCAUUGAACAGACGAGAAUUUAGGGAAGCUGAGGAGGAGAGACUGGAAUUGGAAGCAACCUUACAAGAUGUUUGCGAAGAGUGCGAGCAACUGCUUGUAGAGGCUGGUCGAAAAUAUCGUCUAGCACUUUCUAUGGACCGGACGGACAUGCGUGCUCUUUACAACUGGGGGCUAGCCCUAUGCUAUCGCGGCCAACUCAUUGCUGAAGAAGGCGGAGAGACAGCUGCUCAAGAUGCAGAUAAAGUCUUCUUAGCUGCCAUUGACAAAUUCGAAGCAAUGAUGGGUCUCAGUGACGAGUAUGCCGCAGGGGCUUUGCUAAAUUGGGGAUUAGCUAUGCGCGACCGUUCCCGUCUUCGACCUUUGGGAAGCAAAGACCGGCGAAAGAUAAUGGCUCAGGCGAAAGAGAUCUUCGAAGAAGCUCUUCGUCUGGACCCCAACUAUGGUCAGGCCAGAGGGGCUGUAGCAGCGUCUACAGUGGAGUUGAAGAGACUUCAGGAAUACGAGGAAGAGCCGAGGGAGUCCAGAAAGGCACCAAACUCAAGAGGGUUAUUGGACUGGUGGAGUUGAGUCGCCCUAAUACUGCCUCUACGUGUUUUACAUAAACUUGUACUAUGUUUUCUUUCCUUUUCUUUUCCCCCUAAAGGUCAGCUUAGAAUGUAGCAACACGAGUCAUCACUCUAUUGUCCUCAUUUAAUCUUCAAACUGAAAACAUGUCGAGCAACAUUCAGUAACGAUUAUACACGAGAAAGUCAAUCAGCUUACAACGCACUUGUGUACUGAGGGCCACAGUGAAGCUCCAUUCGCCCUUAUAUGGAUGACAACAUAUAAUUGUUUGUAGCUGCUUUCAUGAAAUCAAAGUCUCGUGCGAAAAAUGCUUGACGAUA